AUGCUGUGGUUUUUCUACACCUUCUCGCUGUGCGUCGUGGCCGCGGCGGCGGGCUACCUGACCUGGAAGUACCCCAACGCCCACACGGGCCCCGUGGUGAAGCUGAAUGCCUUCCUGGCCUGGCUGGCCUCCUUAUCCAUGCUCGCCCUGGCGCCCGCGGACAUCCUGGUGGCCCUCGACGCCCAGGUGGAGCGGGAGCACCCCCUGGCGGUGCUGUGGCAGGUGGCCUACUGGUACGCCUUCGUGGCCAUGGUCCUUUUCCUGCCCUUCCUGCAGGGCUACGGGGAAUCUGGAGACUUCCUGCUGGUCGACAAGGUCAUGUACUCGCUGCGGGACAACGGCAAGUUUUACGGGAUCGUGACCCUCCUAGGCCUCUUGGGGGUGAUUCUGCUGGCGGCGCUGGGCCAGCUCGCCCCCAACAACCUGCUAGGUUGGCUGAUGGGGGUGUCGAAUGCGUACGGCCUGUUUGGGGCCAUCUUUUUGAUGGGCUACGGCCUGGUGGAGGUGCCGCGGAAGCUGUGGCAGAAGGCGGACGUGAGGCGACGGGCGGCGCUUCUGCACCACAACGCCGGUGUGCAGGUGGAGAAGGCCGGCAAGGCACAGAAGAAGUUGGCAAAGACGAUGGGGGUGGUGGACAGGGUGUCUGAUCUGUUUGGGACGCGGGACCGGCUGAGGCCGUACAUGGACAAAAUCGAGAGGAUGAUGGAGAGGGUGGACGAGGUGGCGCCUGAGGAGGUGGACUUGGAGAAGGAAGACGUGGAUUUGGACUAUUUCACAAGGCAGGAUUUGGGGGAGCUGCGGAGGCAGCUGCGCCAGGCGAUCGAGGGGUUUGAGAGGGAGAAGGAGCGGUACCUGCAGCUGGUGCGGACCUACUUCAGGGUGCACGACGUGCUGCAGAACAUCGACCGGGUGGGCUCUGGAUUUGUGUCCUACACGCGGACAGACAGCCCUGGGCACCUCAGCAGGCUGGAGUGGUGGUGGAAGUGCAGAUUGCAGGGCUGGAGCAUGCAGUGCCUGGCUGUGGCGCUGUGCUUUGUUUCGGGCGCCGUUGUGGUGGCCGAAGUGGGCAUCUCGGACCGCCUGCCCAACCUGUCUCUCUUCUCCAUGGCCCUGACCAGGGUGGCAGACAAAGACUUGAUGGUACUGGCGGUGUCGUUCCUAUCUUUCAUGUACCUCUGCAUCUGCACCUACUACACCCUCUUCAAGCUGGGUCAGUUCUCCUUCUACCUGCUCGUGCCCCGCCACACCUCGCCUUACUCCCUCCUGACAAAUGCCCUCUUCAUGGCGCGAUUCUCGUUCCCCCUUGCCUACAACUUCCUAGCAGCCAUCGCUAUGCCAGCUGGGAAGUCAGCGGACGAACCAGACCUGCAGCAGACAGAAUUCUACAGAGUGCUCGGGAGCAAGAUGGCUGCUGCCCCGGUCAUCGGCUUCCAGUUCACCACAUACAUGCCAAUGGUCAUUGUUCCAUACAUGCUCCUGGUAUAUUUCAGGGUCUUCAAUCGGGUGGCCGCUUUCUUUGAUCCCACGAAGCGCUUCUCCUUCGAUGAAGACUGGGACUCCUCCUACAUAUCCACUGGACAGUCCAUGCUGAGGAGGGAGCUGGAGAAUGCUCAAAUGAACCUGCCUCUGGGUUUGACCAUUUCCCAAGGAGUGCCUGCUGAUGCUGUCUUGACGCCUCGUCGCAAUGUCUUUGGCACUCGAAGAGCGCACUGGGCAAGGGCCCGGGCGCGCUCAGACAAUGGCCGUGAACGUAAUGGCCGAGAGUGGGUCAGAGAUGCCACUGCCAGAUUGAGUGAUGCUGUUGGUCGGAGGAGUCAGCAAAGCAGGCCUAGCACGUCUGUGAAUCGGGGACAGAGUGUACAGAGGAAUGGCGGGAGAUGGGACAGCAUCUUCUCGCACAUUUGGGGACGGCAAGACGAUGAUAACACACACAGAAGUGAGUAUACCAGGCUCAGAGGUGAAGACAUCGCAAGCGAUGGUGGCAGGAGUUGGUUUAGAUUUGGUGGCACAGGGAGGCAGUAG